AUGUCUUGGGCAGACUCCUCGCCUGGGAUGCAGGCUGGGCAGGUACCGAUCAACAUAGAUGAUGAAGUUGAGGCCGGGCGACAAGAUGCAAAGCCGAAAUCUCAGCGGAGAAAGGUUGUUGUGGUAGGACUAGGCAUGGUCGGGGUGGCCUUCAUCGAGAAGCUCAUGAAAAUGGAUGCGAAGAGGCGAGAAUACGACAUCGUAGUCAUUGGAGAAGAGGCACAUCUAGCAUACAAUCGCGUGGGACUAACAAGUUUCUUUCAACAUCGACAAGCGGAGAACCUUUAUCUGAACUCUCGAGAAUGGUAUUCGGGUAUGCCGGAAGGAUCGCUUAACUAUCAUCUCAACACACGCGUGACAGAAAUACACCCUGCCGACCGACUAGUCUCGACUUCGACAGGUGCCACCGUGCCAUACGACAUUCUAAUUCUCGCGACAGGUUCAGAUGCGCUUCUGCCUCGGCAUACUCCUGGGCAUGAUGCUGAAGGAGUCUUUGUGUAUCGAACCAUAGAUGACCUCGAAAAGCUCAUUAGAUACGCUGAGACAUGCAGAGGCUCCACAGGAGUCGUGGUAGGUGGGGGUCUUUUAGGCUUGGAGGCUGCCAAAGCAAUGAUGGAUCUCGAGACGUUUGGUAAAGUCAAGCUGAUCGAGCGGAAUCGAUGGGUUUUGAGCCGACAACUAGAUGAAGACGCCGGUGGCAUGGUAGUCGAGUUGGUCCGAAAGCUUGGCCUGGACGUACUGCUAAGCAAGAGGGUGGGUAGAAUUGAAGUAGACAGUACAAAUGCAGUCAAGGGAGUCCAAUUCGAAGACGGAGAACGGAUGGAAUGUAAUUGUCUCAUGUUCGGUAUUGGCAUCAAAGCUCGCGAUGAGCUUGCCAGGCGAAUCGGUAUCAAGUGUGCUGACAGAGGCGGUGGUAUCGUCGUUGACGCGGACCUACAGACGAGUCAUGAAGGUAUAUACGCUAUUGGAGAAUGUGCCAGCUGGGAGAAUCAGACUUUCGGAUUGAUUGCGCCUGGUAUCGAGAUGGCCGAAAUCCUGGCUUUUAAUAUGACACAGGCGAAAGUUCAUCGACCAAGGAAGUUCGAAAGUCCUGAUUUGAGUACUAAAUUGAAGUUGCUGGGUGUAGAAGUUGCAAGUUUCGGCGAUUUUUUCGCUGAUAGAGAUGGCCCAAAGAAGCUUCCGGAGAAAUGGCGUGGUAUGAAAAAGGAACAGACUGACGGUAUGCAUCAAGAACAAGUCAAAAAUAUCACUGACGGACCGCCUCCACCUCCAGUGAAAGCCUUAUCAUAUAAAGAUCCUUUCCAAUCAGUCUAUAAAAAGUUUCUAUUUACACUCGACGGCAAGUAUUUGUUAGGGGGCAUGAUGAUUGGCGACACCAAAGACUAUGUAAAGCUGGUACCAAUGGUAAAGCAUCAAAAGCAAUUGGAGGUUCCUCCAAGCCAAUUCAUAUUAGGCGCAAGCAAGGAGGGCGACGACGAUGGUAGCGACCUGACUAACGAUACCCAAAUAUGCUCGUGUCAUAACGUUACGAAAGGAGACGUGUGCAAGGUGGUCAGAGACGGCUCGUGUAAAAGUAUCGGGGAUGUCAAGUCGUGCACCAAGGCCGGUACUGGUUGUGGUGGCUGCAUGCCACUAGUACAAACAAUCUUCAACGCGGAGAUGAAGGCUCAAGGAGCCGAAGUCCUAAACCAUCUAUGCCCUCAUUUUGCGUUUUCAAGAGCAGACCUUUUCAAUGUUAUUUCUGUAAAGAAGCUCAAAACCUUUGCCUAUGUAAUGGCUGAAUGUGGCAAAGAGAAGGAGUCGGCUGGAUGUGAAGCUUGCAAACCUACCAUUGGGUCAAUACUGGCCAGUCUCUGGAAUCAACACGUCAUGGAUGAGCCCCUUCACGGAUUGCAGGAUACAAACGACCGCUUUCUCGCGAAUAUCCAGCGCAAUGGUACAUUUUCCGUGAUACCACGAGUUGCUGGAGGCGAGAUCACCCCUGACAAACUUAUUGCUAUUGGUAGUGUGGCAAAGAAGUACAAUCUCUAUUGUAAAAUUACAGGCGGCCAACGCAUCGAUAUGUUUGGCGCUAAAAAGGAGGACCUAAUAGACAUUUGGACUUCACUAGUCAACGCUGGGAUGGAGUCCGGCCAUGCAUACGCCAAGUCUCUACGAACGGUUAAGUCUUGUGUUGGUACGACUUGGUGCCGGUUUGGCAUUGGCGAUAGUGUUGGAAUGGCUGUACGGCUCGAAGAACGAUACAAAUCUAUCCGAUCACCUCACAAGUUGAAGUCGGGAGUUAGUGGAUGUGUAAGAGAGUGUGCAGAAGCUCAGAAUAAAGAUUUCGGUCUGAUAGCGACAGACAAAGGUUUCAACAUCUUCGUUGGAGGCAACGGCGGCGCGAAGCCACGGCAUAGCGAGCUGCUUGCCAAAGAUGUUCCUCCAGAUGAUGUGAUACCCAUCCUAGAUCGAUAUUUGAUGUUCUAUAUCCGGACGGCAGACAAGCUACAACGUACGGCGCGAUGGAUUGAACAGUUACCAAAUGGUAUCAAGUACUUGCGGGAAGUUAUACUCGAGGACAAAAUUGGCAUUGCUAGCUCCCUGGAGCAACAGAUGGCAGAACUCGUUGGCUCCUUUUUCUGCGAAUGGACGGCUGCUAUUAAUGACGAAACCCGAAAACAGAGUUUCCAACAGUUUGGCAACACCCCCGAAACUAUACCGAAUAAUGUCGAAGUUGUUGACGAAAGAGGUCAGGUUAGGCCAGCCUACUGGCCAAAGAAAUCUGUUACUGAAGACUUCCGCGGAACAAAAUGGUCGAAUCUCGCCUGGCAACCUAUCAUCGAAGCAAAGCACUUCUCAGAUGCCUCGAUGGGAAGCAGCAAGAAUAUCAAGCGAGGUGAUACCCAACUAGCGGUCUUCAAAAUCAGGGGCAAAUGGUACGCAACACAACAAAUGUGCCCUCACAAGCGUACGUUCGCUCUCAGUGAGGGCUUGAUCGGCGACGAUAUCAAGAGCGACAAGCUUUGGGUGUCUUGUCCGUUCCACAAAAGGAACUUCACACUGAACGGAAAGGACGCGGGUAGAUGUACCAAUGAUGAGGAAGUCAAUAUAGCUACUUUCCCUGUCGAAGAAAGAGACGAUGGGUGGGUGUACUUGAAGCUACCGCCUGUCGAGGAACUUGAUGCUCGACUAGGCACUAAUAAGUGGAAAGUGAAAGAGGAGGAAGCCGAUAAGCCGUAUAAUAAAUUGGACGAAAGGUUGAAGGGCAUGAAGGGUAAAAAGUCGAGCUUGGUAAAUGGGACGGUCCCGAUCAAGCCGCCAAGGGAGAUCACUGCUGGAGGCGACGGAGGAAUAGACUGGUGA